GAGAGGGACAAGACAGACAGAGGGGAAAUUAAGAAGAAAUACCAUAGCCAAAAAGAGAACUCAAAGAGAAUACUACAAGGACAAGAUCGAAACAUCAAGGACAAAUCGCACUGGAGAACAAACAAACUGAUUGGCAGUAAAUGGACAGAGAGAAAGAGAUAAAUAGAGUGAGUUACUGAGCAAGGGAGAGGAAAAGGAGAGGUAUAGCGAGAACGAAGAGAUGCUGAGUGUGGAGAUGUACCCCAGUUUGGCCCUUGGGCACCAAAGAGUGGGAGACUGCUGCUAUAGAGAGAGGGAACCUCCUGCCCACAUGCCCCUCUACCCCUCCUCCUAUGACAUGGCUGCCGGGGCCAUGCCCUCUCACCCUCUGGCCCCACCCCCCACCCCCAGCGAGCCAACCUGUAAAGGCCAGCAGGACAGCGUCAAGAUGGAGCUGGAGAACGCUUCACUGUGGAAACAUUUCUGCUCCGUGGGCACAGAGAUGAUCAUCACCAAGAAGGGCAGGCGGAUGUUCCCCCAGCUGAGGGUAAAGCUGUCAGGCCUGAACCCGGCGCUGCGCUACAUACUGCUGCUGGARGUGGUGGCCAUGGACACCUCUCGCUACCGCUUUCAGGGCGACACCUGGCAGGUGGUGGGUGGCGCUGAGGCCCGCUUACCCGACCGGGUGUUUAUCCACCCAGACUCACCAGCCACGGGUGCCCACUGGCAGAGCAGGAGCAUCUCCUUCCACCGCGCCAAGCUCACCAACAACACGCUGGACACACAGGGAUAUAUCAUCCUCCACUCCCUCCACCGUUACCAGCCACGGGUACACGUGAUCGAGGCCAGAGACGUGCUGAGGUGGGGGGGAGGGCAACACUCCUUCAUCUUCCCAGAGACCCAGUUUCUCACCGUCACCGCCUACCAGAACAAUAAGAUCACUGAACUGAAGAUCCAAUCCAAUCCCUUCGCGAAGGGCUUUAGAGAGGAUGGCAUGAAUAGCAAAAGACAGAGGGARGUGAGGCAAAAGCGGAAGCUAAAUGAACCUCUAGAUAUUGUGAGCUGUGACCCAUGCGACUCCACUGAGCUCCUGUCUCAGUACUCCUCUUCCUCCUCCGACCUCCAGAGCCUGGCCCUGGCAUCUCUCCCCUCCCUUCCCCCUCUCCCUGAGUCUGUGUGUGGGUAUGGCUCCAACGAAACCCCUUUCCAGGAGAGCCCUGUUCCAGAGCAGCAGCAGGCUCUAGACCUGGUCGGCCAAACCUUCAUUGCCUCCCAGAUGACUGACAUCACAGCUAACAUCACGGCCGAUAUGACCAAGGGGCCACAAGAUGCAUCAGGCAACAAAGUCACCGAUGGAAUGAUGGACAGGUCCGUCACUAUGAGUCUUUCCACUUACAAUGGGACAUAUCCAGCCACUCCUCUUGGUUCUUCCUCUUUUGCCCCUGCUCCUCAUCCUCAGUCUUCGUCCUCCUACUGCUCAGAUCCCUCCAUCCCCCAACCCUCCCCCACCUCUACUUUUAAUUAUCCACCCAUGGCCACCACUGACUAUCCCUCUAUUCUCGCCUCUUCUCCUACCCUCCCUUCCUCCACCACAUCUCCCUCGCUUCAGCAAACUAGUUUCACCUACCCCACCUUGUCUAUUUCCACUUCAUCCUCCCCCAAGCCUCUCCUGUCCUCCACCUCCAUUCACUCCAUCCUUCCAUCCAACCCACAGCAAGGCCUGCUCAGUCCUCAUACACCCACAAAUACCUCUUUUCCAUCACUCCCUCCUCCCUCCUGUCAACCCAUCCAGCAGAAUGGGGUGACCACCCAUUCCAUGCUCCCUCCCCCGAACCAGGCUCUACAAGCUGUCCCCAUCUCCAACCAGACCCCCCCUCUGUUGAUCUUUAACCCCACAGCAUACCCCUACCCAAACCUACCUCUCUCCAACGUCAUCCAAACCACCACUCCGUCUCUCUUCAACCUCUCAAGUCACUCAACUUCUCAAUCCCACCCCGUUCCCUCUCUCCCUUACUCUCUUUCUUCCCAUCCCACACCUCUAUCUUAUCCCUUUCCCUCGCUCCCUUCAUCCCUCUCUUCUUGCUCUUCUUCAGUUCAAAAUUGGACUCUUCCGAAUGUUUCCUCCGGCUCCGUCCACUCCGCUGUGUCUAUUCCCAUCCCGACUCAGAUCCAAGCUUCAUCUGUCGGGUCGUCCUUUCUUCCUUCCUCCUUCACUCACCCCCCAUCCUCCCUUCCUAAUCCAGUUGACCAACCCUCUUCCUGUUCCGUCAUUCCCUCUGUGUCCGUCGCCUCUUUCCAGCCUUCUGCCUCUUCUCACAUCCCGCCCUUCUCCCUGACCAACCACUCCCUCCCUCCAACGACAUGUCCCCAGAACCAGACCCCCACGCCCUCCUCCUACCCCCCGAUAGCGCCCACCGAGAUUGGCACCUUCUCCCAGUUCAACUCUGGCACACCCUAUCUUCCAGAAAUGGUACUUCACCACCCCUCACUCCUGCCUCCACUGGAUCCCUCUCUUUCAUCCUGUGUCUCCUCCUCCUCCACACCCCCCACCCUCUAUCCCCCCUUCUCUUCCUAUCCUCUGCGCCUGUGUCAGGACCCCCGCUCGUCCUUCCCCAUACCUCUCAGGCACAUGUACAGGCAGCACCAGCAUGGCCACACCCACCCUCAGGGGUCCUACCUGGAUACGAGUGGGAGGGCUGUAUUCUGAGGUAGAGGAGAUAGAAGGUAAUGGUCGAGUUCCAGCCAAACUUGAUGUGCAGGCGUUCCAUUGCAUCAACCAAUGGUUGUUGUGCCAAGUCAUCGACUGUGUAGUUGGCCAUCAGAUUGCUAUAUCAUAUGAUGUGGUUAGCUGAUAUGUUAAAUACCUAUCCAGGCAUUGUACAGUAAGAUCUGGAAUGCGUCUGCAAUGUUGUCGGGCAGGAACUCAACCGGUGUCAUUGGAAAUGUAAUGGCCGUGUUUGAGAGCAUCAAAACCGCGUUGUAUUUUGACUGACUGGCUGAUCACAAAUACUGUUGAGUAGUUAUGUAUGACGCAAGGUGCUUUGUAGAUCAGUSAGUCUCGGCUSGCCUUUAAAGUCGGCUGCAACGUCGAAUGUUUUAAUUUAUGAAGGUGACAUGCAUCACAAAAUGGUGUACUGUGUAUGGAGAGAAAGAGAGUGGAUCAACAGAGAAGAGCUACAGUGGUCAAAACAGUACAUUUGAAAUGUGGCCUUUUGCUAAACUGUUUUGUGAUAGCAAGUGUGUUCAUUACAAAUAAAUACAAAUGUAUAGAUUUUAUAACGCUUUUAAGGAUCCAAUGUGUAGUAUUAGUUGAAGUUGUUGGAAAAUAAUUUGAUUUCUUUUUUUAACUUUGUCCGUGUGAAAGUUUGUUGACCGACUGUGCAUCAAACUAUGGUGACUUUUUCAAGUUCCAUGUUUGUUUUGUUUUUCCUAACUAAAAAAAACUGUUGAAUUGGACUUCAUCUUGUAAAUAGUUUUUUAAUCUGUUCUUUUUCAAAAUCCAUUCCAGUAUUAAAACAAUGAAGUGCG